UUUGUUUGCGUCUGGACUCUUGUGUACUGAGCAGUGAUGGUGAUAUAUAGGGGGACUUUGUGUCUAAGAUCUGUCAGGAAAAGCAACUCACCCCGUGAUCAUGAUACACGACAACAUGGCGAAAGAGAUUAUUUUAGUCCUGGUCACUGUCCUUUGCUGGUCCACAACAUACGCCCAGGGGGACGAUGACUGUUUUUUGGGAAACGGCGCCUCCUACCGAGGUCAGAUGAACACUACAGAUGACGGCCUAGUAUGCCAGCGCUGGGACGAUCAGACCCCGCACGGUCACCAGUUCCUACCUUCCUCGGAAUACAACAUUUACGACCUGUCUGAGAACUACUGUCGUAACCCGGAUGGAGCGGAGAGACCGUGGUGUUACACGCUGGACCCUAGCGUCCGCUGGCAGUACUGCCCCGUCAAAUCCUGCGAUUGUUACACUGGUACGGGAGCGCUCUACAGAGGGGAAGUGAACAUGACGUCCUCCGGGUUGACGUGUCAGAGGUGGGACCAGCAGGCCCCGCACAGCCACUCCUUCUCUCCGGCCAACAGGCCCGACUCGGGGCUGGACAACAACUACUGCAGGAACCCCGACGCCGCUGCCGGGCCCUGGUGCUACACCACGGACCCCAGUGUGCGAUGGGAGUACUGUGACGUCCCAAAAUGUGCUCCUCUAACCGGAGAGGGUUCGUGCGGCACCCCUGCCAUCCCACCGUCUCUGGCGCGCGUGGUGGGCGGGACCGUGGCGGUGCCCGGCAGCUGGCCCUGGCAGAUCUCCCUCCGGUACCGCGACUCACACACGUGCGGAGGGACCCUCAUCCACCCUGACUGGGUCCUCACCGCCGCACACUGCGUGGACGGGAGAGCAAGCCCGGAGCCAUGGACCAUUCUCCUCGGGAAAGAACACCGAAACACACAGGACCCCACACAGCAGACCCGCACUGUGUCAAAGGUCAUCGUGCAUCCGAGCUGGAACAGUAACACCGUACAGAACGACCUGACGCUGAUGAAGCUGAGCUCACCUGUGGUGCUGACGGACCAGGUGAGCCCAGCUUGCCUACCUGAGGCUGACACACCUGCCGGGACCGAGUGCUACACCACCGGCUGGGGAAGCACAGGGUCUGGCCUGUCUGAAGUCUUGCUGCAGGGUAAAGUGCCCAUCGUGGCCCCGUCCACAUGUGUGAGUUACCUGGGCGCCUCCUCCAUCGACACCAACACCAUGAUCUGCGCCGGGUACGAGCAGGGCGGGGUCGACGCCUGCCAGGGUGACAGCGGCGGCCCGUUGGUGUGCCAGCGUGCUGACGGGACCUGGGAGCUGGCCGGGGUGGUCAGCUGGGGGAUCGGCUGUGCGCAGGCCUACAAGCCUGGCGUCUACACACGGGUCUUUAACUACGUGGACUGGAUCAGCUACAUGAUUGAGAUUAACAUAGUAGACAUAGUACUUCAGCUAGUGUGCUUUUUCCUUUUCGAUAGAGACAAAUGUUAUCUCGGUAGCGCCUACCGCGGUGACACCAACCGCACGAUGUCGGGGAGGGAGUGCCAGCGAUGGGACAGCCAGCUGCCCCACCAACACGCCAUCACCCCCGAGAGCAAGCCCCAGGCCGACCUGCGGGACAACUACUGCAGGAACCCGGACAACCACACCAACCCCUGGUGCUAUACCACCGACAGCGCUGUCAGAUGGGAGGACUGCGACAUACAGUCGUGCGACUUAGUAUGCACGAUUGGUAACGGCGCUAACUACAAAGGCACGGUGUCCACCACCCGGUGGGGCCUGCCCUGUCAGCCUUGGGUGAACUACAUGAGCUAUCCCGACGUGCAACUCGACCGGAACUACUGCCGCAAUCCGGACGGGGACCAGCGGCCCUGGUGCUACGUACAGGACAGCGUCUACAGAUGGCAGUAUUGCGACAUCCCAAAAUGUGAGAUCACCCUGGGACAGGAGACCUGCGGCACCCCCGCCAUCAGCCCGGCCAUGUCGCGGGUGGUUGGCGGUACCGAGGCCGUCCCUGGCAGCUGGCCAUGGCAGGUAUCCUUAAGACAGGGGACAGGCCGCUGGCAUGUGUGCGGGGGAGCCCUCGUCCACCCCCGUUGGGCUGUCACGGCUGGACACUGUGUGGACGGUGUGGAUGCCGCGCUGUUCACGGUGUACCUCGGGGCCCACCGCCGUCAAACCGCCGACCCCUUCCAGCAGGACAUCCCGGUGGAGCAGGUGUUCCAGCACGAGGGCUACACGAACGGACUGGACAACGACAUCGCGCUGCUGAAGCUGUCGCGGUCCGCAGAGCUGAACGACCACGUCGGCGUGGUCUGUCUGCCAGACAGCGAGCCUGCAGCCGGGACGUUCUGUUACACCACGGGGUGGGGAGCCACAGACGAUGGCCACUUGGCUGACAGCCUGCAGCAGGGGAAGGUUCCCGUGGUGGACAUGACCACGUGUAACGAUGCAGACCACCUCAACGGGCUGGCCUUCACCGACAGUAACGUCUGUGCAGGCUACGAGGAGGGCGGAGUGGACUCUUGUAACGGUGACAGCGGAGGCCCGUUGGCAUGCCGCCGUCCCGACGGAAGCUGGUAUCUAGCUGGGCUGGUGAGCUGGGGCCCGAGCCCGUGCGGGAGCCCCAAGAAACCCGGCGUCUACACAAACGUGGCCAUGUAUCCGGACUGGAUCUACAACGUCAUCAAGAAUAACUAAAAAGUAUAUUCUUCUGUCUUGAGAAGUGCGCGUGAAAAUUGUCACGUUUAACGUUUAGACAGAAAUUUAACUGUUGUAAUGAACGAUCUCUUGUUUUGUUUUUCUCGUUGCUAACUUUGUUGCCCAAUUUCAAACGGUGAGCAUUACACGCAAAUAAACAAUGACAUAUCCGAGUUGUAAAUAUUAGCGUUUCCUUUUGGCGGAUAUUUGUGCACCGCACGAAGAAGUAAAGCACUUCAUGCUAAUUUCAUAACAGACUUAUCGAAUGUAGAAUGGAAUGAAUGACAAUAAAAACUGGUGCUUACGGAAAGAUA